AUGGCUACUUUGCCAGGAACGGUUCCAAGGAUGGUUCGGCCAGCACCGGGCCAGAACUACCCCCGCACUGGAUUUCCCCUGGAAGUGUCCACCCCGCUGGGUCAGGGUCGGGUGAACCAGCUUGGUGGUGUGUUUAUCAACGGGAGGCCUUUACCCAACCACAUUCGCCACAAGAUCGUGGAGAUGGCGCAUCAUGGCAUCCGACCCUGCGUCAUCUCCCGCCAGCUGCGCGUUUCUCACGGCUGCGUCUCCAAAAUCCUGUGUCGGUACCAGGAGACUGGAUCCAUCCGACCCGGCGCUAUAGGAGGAAGUAAACCCAGGCAGGUGGCAACGCCUGAUGUGGAGAAGAGAAUAGAAGAAUAUAAGCGGGAGAACCCGGGCAUGUUCAGCUGGGAGAUCCGGGAUAAACUGCUGAAGGACGGGGUGUGUGAUAGAAGCACUGUUCCUUCAGGUGAGGCUUCAUCUGUGAGUUCCAUUAGUCGGGUUUUGAGAGCACGUUUUGGAAAGAAGGAUGACGAUGAUGACUGUGAUAAGAAGGAUGAAGAUGGAGAAAAGAAAACUAAGCACAGUAUCGACGGGAUUCUCGGAGACAGAGGUAAUCGUACAGAUGAAGGUUCAGAUGUGGAGUCAGAGCCGGAUCUGCCGCUGAAGAGGAAGCAGAGACGGAGUCGCACCACGUUCACUGCUGAACAGCUGGAGGAGCUGGAAAAAGCCUUUGAGAGAACACACUACCCAGACAUCUACACCCGAGAGGAGCUCGCCCAGAGGACCAAACUCACUGAGGCUCGGGUGCAGGUGUGGUUCAGCAACCGACGAGCCAGAUGGCGCAAACAGGCUGGAGCCAAUCAGCUGGCAGCAUUCAACCACUUGUUGCCUGGAGGUUUUCCACCUACUGGAAUGCCAACCCUGCCUACCUAUCAGCUUCCAGAGACCAACUAUCAUAGCACAGCACUUUCCCAGGAUUGCAGUAGCACUCUGCAUCGACCACAGCCUCUACCACCCUCAUCCAUGCAUCAGGGUGGGCUUUCAGCUGACAGUAGCUCUGCCUAUGGUCUCUCAUCCAAUCGUCACACCUUCUCCAGCUACUCAGAAACCUUCAUGAACCCCUCAGCUUCGAGCAACCACAUGAAUCCAGUCAGCAACGGCCUCUCACCACAGGUGAUGAGCAUCUUGGGAAACCCAAACGCUGUUGCCUCUCAGCCACAGCAUGAUUUCUCCAUCUCACCACUCCACAGCAGCCUGGAUGCCUCCAGCUCAAUUUCAGGCAGCUGCAGCCAGCGCUCGGACCCCAUCAAGAACGUGGAGAGCCUGGCCUCAACUCAGUCUUACUGCCCUCCCACUUACAGUGCUACAAGCUACAGCAUGGACCCCGUCACAGCUGGCUACCAGUAUAGCCAGUAUGGCCAAAGUGCGGUGGACUACCUGGCUAAGAACGUGAGUCUGUCCACCCAGAGGAGGAUGAAGCUGAGUGAUCACUCUGCUGUACUUGGGUUGCUACAGGUGGAGACAGGACAGGCCUACUGA